UUAAAGCCAUUACAAGCACCAUGGGAACAUCUCCAUCACCAACCUUUAAGAACUGUUCAAGCUCUCUGAGUUUCCUUUUCGUGUUCUUGAUUGUUUUCAGUUCAUCAGCAUUUGACUUUGCUAUGUCUGAUGAAGAAGCUGCUGCUCUUCUUCAAUGGAAAACCGGUCUUCAAGAUCCUCACGCACGCUUAACUUCGUGGCAGCACCCUUCCAACGCAACUGGUCCAUGCACUUGGUUUGCCAUUUCUUGCAAUGGUGCCAUGAGUGUCAUCAAAAUAAACCUCACGAAAUCUGGCUUACAAGGUACGCUCGAUGGAUUUUCAUUCUCAUUGUUCCCAAAUCUUGAAUACUUUGAUCUCAGCGUGAACUUGAUCUUUGGUGCCAUUCCAUCUCAAAUUAGUCAACUCUCCAAACUAGUCCAUCUUGAUUUGUCCGCUAAUAAUUUGAUUGGUUCAAUUCCUUCUUCUUUCGGAAAUUUAACCAAUCUCACUUACUUGAACUUGUGUAGGAACUUUCUUAAUAGUUCCAUUCCUUUAGAAAUUGGUAACCUUUCGAAUUUGGUAGAGCUUUACUUGAACACCAACAAUCUCACAGGUUCCUUCUCACCAACUCUUGCCAACUUAAAUAGAUUAAGAUUUUUAUGCAUGUAUGAAAACAUGCUUGCUGGCUCUAUUCCUCUAGAAAUAGGGAAUCUGAUAUCUCUCCGCCAUCUAAGCCUUUACAGGAAUAACCUUUCAGGUCCUAUCCCGGAGUCCUUAUGUGACCUUAGGAACCUUACCUUGCUUGAACUAUAUCGGAACAAUCUUUCAGGACCUAUCCCGGAAAACAUUGGAAACAUGAAGUCUCCUGUUGUUCUAAAUAUCAUGGAGAAUAAGCUCAGUGGUCCUAUUCCCAGGUCAAUUGGUAAUUUAAGCAGAUUACAAGUUUUGUACAUUCGUGACAACCCGCUCUCAGGUUCCAUUCCGGAAGUGAUAGGAGAUCUCAGAGUUUGGUUGUGUUCCGAGUUGCAAGAAACAAUUUAACUGGCCAUUU